ACUGGCGGCACCCAGCGGAGAAGCGAGCCGUGCGGCCGUCGCCAGAGCUCAGCCGCGCCGCCCGCGCUCCAGUUCGCCGUGUGGAGACGCGGGGCCCCGCAGGUCGUGGCGGAUGGCCCGAGGCACUUGCAGCCGGUCCGGUCCGGGCAUGGAGGGCACGCUGGGCAAGGGCAAGUUCGCCGUGGUGAAGCUGGGGCGGCACCGGCUCACCGAGACGCAGGAUGCAGGUGGCGAUAAUUAUAGAUAAAUCUCAGCUGGAUGCAGUGAAUCUUGAGAAAACCUACUGAGAAGCACAAAUAAUGAUAAUGUGAGACCAUCCUCACAUGAUCAGACUUUAUCAGUAGGUAAUGGGGACCAAAAACAUGUAUCUUGUGACAGAAUAUGCCAAAAGUGGAGAAAUUUUUGGUCCUGAUGAAGUUGUAGGGCCAGAAGGAAUGGAAAAGUUUUGUGAAGACAUUGGUGUUGAACCUGAAAAUAUUAUUAUGUUAGUUUUAGCGUGGAAAUUGGAGGCUGAAAGCAUGGGAUUUUUUACCAAGGAAGAAUGGUUAAAGGGCAUGACUUCGUUACAGUGUGACUGCACAGAAAAAUUACAGAACAAAUUUGACUUUUUGCGCUCACAGUUGAACGAUAUUUCUUCGUUUAAGAAUAUCUACAGAUAUGCCUUUGAUUUUGCAAGGGAUAAAGAUCAGAGAAGCCUUGACAUUGAUACUGCUAAAUCUAUGUUAGCUCUUCUGCUUGGGAGGACAUGGCCACUGUUUUCAGUAUUUUACCAGUACCUGGAGCAAUCAAAGUAUCGUGUUAUGAAUAAAGAUCAGUGGUACAAUGUAUUAGAAUUCAGCAGAACAGUCCAUGCUGAUCUUAGUAACUAUGAUGAAGAUGGUGCUUGGCCUGUUCUUCUUGAUGAAUUUGUUGAGUGGCAAAAAGUCCGUCAAAUAUCAUAGCAAGAACUAUUGUGAAGAAAAUGCAAACCUUUUGAUUCCUACGUGCAUACAAGCUAAUGAGCUGAGGAAAAAAAAUCCAAGGGUGCAUUUUUAUUCAUAUGAAAGACUUCUCAUAGUAUUUUUUUUCUUUUCUUUUUCUUUUUUUAAAGGAAGUUUUCUUGUUAUAUGUGAUGGGCCUUGUGCCACACCUCUUCUAAGACUGAAUAUUGGAGUUUUUGUUUUGAGUUAUGUUGAUAACAUUUAUUUCAGAACAAUAAAGAUUCAGAUUUGUGAUAAAGGCCUUAAAAUGAAGAUG